UUGGCAGUCUGUAUGACGGCACAAAUGAUGUUAAUAACGCAGCUCAUGCCUCUCGGAUGUCUUCUGGAUUACGUGCGAAAAAACAAAGAUCACAUUGGAUCGAAAGUUUUGUUGAAUUGGUGUACACAAAUAGCUAAGGGUAUGGUUUAUUUAGAAGAGAGAGGUAUUGUUCACAGAGAUUUGGAAGCUAGAAAUGUUCUGUUACAUACACCAACCCAGGUAAAGAUUACAGAUUUUGGAUUAGCGAAAUUAUUGGAUUAUGAUGAAGAAGUCUAUCAGGCUGCAGAUGCCUAUAAAAUGGCUGGCGUUAGAAUGUAUACAACACAGAAUAUUUACACAUAAAAGUGACGUCUGGAGUUACGGUGUUACCGUCUGGGAAUUAAUGACAUAUGGACAGAAACCAUACGACAGUAUUCGUGCCCGGGAUGUUCCCGAUCUGUUAGAGAAAGGGGAACGACUCCCACAACCACAUUGUUGUACUAUUGACGUCUAUAUGAUCAUGAUAAAAUGUUGGAUGUUGGAUGCAGAAAGUCGGCCAUCUUUCUUGGAGUUGCAGGAAGAAUUUUCAAAGAUGGCACGAGAUCCUGGUCGAUAUCUCGUCAUUCAGGUACCUUUAUUACCUGGCAUGGAAGGGGCAUCACAAAUUGAUGGAAAGUUUCCAGGAGCCAGCAAGCCUCGACGAGAAAAACGGUAUGCUCAUCUUGAUAACGCUGUUCAAGCACGUCAACAGCGACAGACAUCCCCAACCAGAGGGCGUGGUGAUAGCAUCAAUUCACGGUAUAGCUCAGAUCCUGUCAAAUUCUUAAAAGAUAAAGAUGACAUAGAAUUAGGUUUACCGAUGUUGUUGUUAAACGGUGGCGAUGAGAGGAAUGGAGGAUUGCCUUACAAACGAGAUGUGCCUUUACACCUACCAGUUGAUGAAGAUGAUUACCUGCAACCCAAAUCACAAAUACCACCUGCUUAUAUGGACCUUAACGAUAAAGGUUAUUAUCAGAAUGAAAGAGAUGUUUUUGACGAAGAAGAGGAAUAUGAAGCUACAGAAGAGGAGGCUGUUAAUAAACCAUUGACACAGGCCAUAGAUAAUCCUGAAUAUUUCGAUACACCCAAGCAAAAUGGCGUUAAUAAAUCGGGGAUACCUGCUCCGUUACCUAAACCCAGAAAUCUAAACUAUUAUAAUGACAUUAAUCAGUUGUCUCCCUUGGAGAAAAAACAAUUAAUAUUAAGAGUGAAUAGUAAUGAGGGUGGUAUUGAAACAAGUAUUUAGCCCAGAGUUAUCUACCCUCCCCCCGUUACAGAAUAGACUCUCCGUCAGUUCAGUGAAUCUGGUCACAUGAUUUAAUAUAGAUUGAACUGUGUGAUACAUCAUGUGACUAGGUCAUGUGAUUAGUGAAAGUUGAUGUGUGAACUAUUUUAUGUUAUGAGCUAGGCCUAAAUGUGAAACAACAGGAUCAUGUGACUAAGGAAGAAUCAUGUGAUAUGACAUGUGACUUAGGAAGAAUCAUGUGACACACCAUGUGACCAGUCACAUGAUUUUACUGUUGCUGUGUUAUAAGCUUAUUCAUGUUGUGUUUUCGGUUAUCGUGAGAUAAAAUGGAUGUUGGAGUGUAAUAAAACAGCUAAUUGUAUGGAAGUAGUAUAGGCCUACGUUAUCUAACUAGUAUAGGCCUACGGUAUCCAACUAGUAUCGACCUACGGUAUCCAACUAGUAUAGGCCUACGGUAUCCAACUAGUAUCGACCUUCGGUAUCCAACUUAACAAAUCAAUUCAAUUGGAGUGUGAACUGGUCCUACAAAUAGUGUCGGAACGAAGAACAAUAAUCAGAUUCUCCCGUCGUUGUUGGUUGAAGAGAUAACAUAUGUGCUGAUAUAUAUUGUGACUCGUACAUUCUCUGGACAAAACGAAGUCAUAGUUUACCACUCGUUUUAAAUAAGUGCUGACGAAUUUGUAGUAAAAAUAUGGGGGGAGGGUCAAAUAAAGUCCAGUGUCGAGAUGUUAGGAUAUUUAGUACAGGUGUAAAUACCUGCUGUAAUUCAUACACUAAGUGUAGAGUUGACAAUGGCUUGUUGUAUUCAACGCUUAUGUUACAACCAGGGGCAAAAACAUGAUAUUAAACACUGCCAUAACACAAAGCUUGAAUCAAACUGAACACUGAAUUGAAGGACAGUCUAGAGUCUUGACCACGAUGAUUCAAGUACUGUCUGGUGUCUUGACCAGGAUGAUUAAAAUAGAGACGAGUCUCGACUACGAUGAUUCAAAUACCGUCUUGUAGAGAAAGACUAAUAUUGAGAUAUAAAACUGAAUGAUGGAAGCUAUGAAAUGUACGUUGAUUUGUCAACAUAAGGAGCAUACACCUAAGAUUGUUAUUUGUUGCAAAAAAUAGGGCAAAUCGUUAUAAAAUAAAAUAAAAACAACUAUAUCCAAUAUAUCAUACACCAGUAUUUAUAGCGUGAAGACGGAUGGAGAGAACAAAGCUCAAUGCAAAAAAUCAUAUUUCAGUUACCCAAUAAUGCCAGUACAUAAUCAUGUAAUAUGCAGCAUUUAUCCAGUGGGAUAAAACUAUGGUGACAUCAUCAUUAUCCAAUGACAUGCUGAUAAACUGAUCAUAUGACAGUCAUGUGACAUCAUGAUUAUCCAAUAAAAUUCUGAUGAACUGAUCAUGUGACAUAUGAACUGAUCAUGUGACAUAUCAUGUGACACUAUAAUUAACCAAUAGUUGAGUUAGAAAUUGUGAAAUGAGUCCGUUUGAAAAUGGUGUCCAAUGAUGGUUAGUCAAUCUAUCUACUGCAUCAGUUAACUUCAACAAUUAAAGCUUUGUUUAUAUAUAUAUAUAUGAUGUAAUUUAAAAAUGUCUGUUACAAUCACUGUAACAAAUUCUUCCAUGUAUCUGAUUGGUUAGUGAUUUAUAUAUAGACCAAUCGCAUUUUGAUUUUGCUUAGUUAAUGAGUAGCUUUUUUUAAAAAAAAACAAAUAUGUAUGCAUGCCACUUUAAUUCCUGUAUUAAUUGUAAGUAGUGGUUGUGAUUUUAUUGUUUGACUGACUUGAUAAUAGAGAAUCAUAAUAUGAAAGGUUAGAUCAACCAGCCUCUUUUUAUAUGAAAAAACAAGAAGAACUACUGCUUUUCUUUCCUUGUGCCAAAUCAAAAUCUCCAUGUUUGAAAAAAAAAAUCCAUAAAUGUUUUUGUUUUUAAUUUAUGAAUGUGUUUUGUUGAAGGGAGAUAAAUAUUAAAUGUGUUUUUAAGAGGAAGUAAAGAAAUUCACGCUUAUCCAGUCACGCGGAAUUAAGGAAAAUAGCUUAGUCUAUUUCUGUUUAUUUUGGGAAGAUUAGUCUUGCGGGGUUGAGAUCAGACCAUUUGGCAAGGAGAUCAGGUUUGAGAGAGGUAGGAAUUUCUAUACGGAAAACUUGCCUGUCGUUCUGGAGGUGAUCCGUUUCAUGUUGUAAACUCAUUGAUUGCGAAUCCUUUUGGGAAGAUUAAGCUCAAGUAGGUUAGACUAGUUGUGUUAUGGAAUUCUUCACAUCACCAUCUGGUUUAAAAAAUGUCUCUUCUUUAGGUGACAAAGAACUGUUUUGUGUAAGAAGGUUUACAAUAGUAGAAUUAAUAACGGGGGAUAUGGAUAACGAUAUAAGCGCUUGAGUGGAUGUUAACCUCAUUUCCCUCUCUCUCUCUCCUAGAUAACCUGCGUAAGACAACAAUAACUCAGUCUAUACCCUAUAUCUCCUAGAUGACCUGAUCAAUCCAUACCAGGGGUAGACAAUCUAUAGUAGCGAAAGGCUCGGAUGGUAUCAGCCCACUUGCUAAAAAACCUUAAGUCAAUAUCUGAAAGUGUUACACAUUGUUGAUUAAUUUAAUUUUUAAAGAUAAUUUAAAAUAUUGUAGAAAAUUACAAGUUUAGUGAAUUAUAUAAUAAUAUAUGGAUUUUUAUGCUAGAUUUUAAUGAUAGAAAUUUAAAUGUCCCACAUUUCAUAUUUUUAUUGUUUGUUGUGUUGUAAAUAUCAAUUGUAUAUAAUGUAUAGUAGCCUAUAUGGUAGCGUACUGAUAGUGUGCGUAGUUAUAUUUAAACAUUUGUAUUUAGAAAUUUGUUAAAUUAUUUUCAAAAUGGGAUAAUUCAGUCCGGGUAAUAAUGAACGGUUUUAGAGUUACCUGACGUAAUAUCAGAUUUGGAAUUGAGGGUUUUAGUCGUACCUGACGUAAUAUCAGAUUUGGAAAUAACGGUUUUAUUGGUAGCUGACCUAAUAUCAUUAUUGGAAGUAAUGAUUUGUAGUGGACAUAAAAAUCAGUCACUACUCAACUAGUACUUUGUGCUGGACUUGUAUUGAAAAUGUCCUUAAAAUAUGGAAUAAAGAUAAAUCCAUGAUAGGCACCAGAGGGAGUAUGGCUGACAAAGUCUGACUUUCUCUCUUAUAAUGUCUGUGACAGGUGCCUUAUUUCCAGGCUUGUUCCAAUGAGCCUUGAAUGAAACAUGAAAAAUCAGUCAGUUAAACUUCCCUGGAAGAUUGUUAAAUUGUAUAUAUAUAAUUUGAGAUAAUUAUAUCAUAAACUGGAAAUUGUAAUCAUGCACUAUCUGCCUAGUGCAUGAUGCCUGUCUGCAGAAAGUCAUAUACACCAGGAUCUAGCUGCCUAGUGCAUGAUGCCUGUCUGUAUUAAGUUAUAUACACCAGGAUCUAGCUGCCUUGUGCAUGAUGCCUGUCUGUAGAAAGUCAUAUACACCAGGAACUAGCUGCCUAGUGCAUGAUGCCUGUCUGUAGAAAGUUAUAUACACCAGGAUCUAGCUGCCUUGUGCAUGAUGUCUGUCUGUAGAAAGUUAUAUACACCAGGAUCUAGCUGCCUAGUGCAUGAUACCUGUCUGUAGAAAGUGGUGUACUUCAGCCUCCAGAUAUCUAAAGAUAAUUAUUUAAACAUCCUGAUGUACAGAGAAUUAAAGAUGAUCUGGAAAUUGUAAUCAUGCUCUUACUGCCUGGUGCAUGACAACUGUUAAUACCUAUACUCCUGAUAUCCCAUUUUAAAAAUAAACUUUAAUUGUUUUUGUGGAAAGGUGUACAAAGUGAUAUACUCCCGGGACUGUGUUCACUAAAAUAUGUUAAGAAUGCAGCUUUUUCAUUGGUUAAUAGCUUAAAUUUGUACUAGGAUUUAAAGCCUCAGCCAAUGAAAACCUUUCAUCCUUAAGAUAUUUUAGUUCACGAUUUCAUGAAUAAGGUCAGAGAUAUCCCAUUUAUAAAAUUAACUUUUUGUUUUUGUAGAAAGAAAUUGUUUUAUCAUUUUUAACCUCACAUAAUAUAAAAUGCUAUCAGGUUUGGUGGAAUUGUUAAUAAGAUAAAAUUCUGUGUAAUUGUAAAUACUUGUAAUAAAGAGCAUAUUAAUUCAAUAUAUCAUAGAUCUAAUAUCAGUAAUAAUCCAAAUACGACACAUAGCAAAUAUUUUAAUUUAUUAAAAAACGAAUUCCAUAUCA